AUUAUCAAUGGGCGUGGGGAAUACGAAUAGGCACAACACAUUGCUUUAUGUACAAUUGUUUCAAGCAAAAUAGUUGAAUUUAUUUCUUUCGUACACCGUAAUUAAGAAAAGUGCAGUUACUGGGAAAAGGCAUCAUGAGUGCAGUGAAAUAAAUAAAUAUAUCCUUUGGAUAAUGUUGCUAAGUAAAGAUAAUACCUAUAAUACAAAAUGGUAACUUGUGAAUUGGACAAAGAAGUGUCAGGAGAGGUUCUGGGAUGGAAGUUGCCGGCUUGGCAAGCACUCCUGUUGCAUCGAGUGCUGCCCUCCUGCGGCGGACUCAUACUUUACAUUAUCCUCAUCUGCUAUGAUUUAACACUUAUUACCGAACAUUUCACCAAUGGCAGUGAAGGAGUAGGAGUAUUUUGCACAAUCCUCGUCGUGUCACCAUCGCUGAUAUCGUUAGUAUUCACGUUGGCGUCGCCUCCGCCUGGCUUCCAGACUGACCUGUCGGCAUUUUCUGUGACCAUAGAGAAGAAUGACAUACGAUGGCUCGUUAUGCAGUUUGUGAAUGCUAUUUUCUUUCCCAUUGCUGCGAUUGGAAGAUACUGCUACCUUAUAUUUUGGUGGGUUGAAGCUGUAUGUGCGUCGCGGAGUGACGAUAAAGAAAGGACGCAGGAAGCUAUUCAGUUAGCUCGUGCACCAUCACCCGUAGAGCUGUACCUGUUCCUCCAAGCCUUCAUCCACUCCGCCCCACAUGCUAUCAUCAAUAUCCUCGACUUGAUGAGACGCUACUCUGACUUGACUUUCGACAAAGUUUCAGUACAAGCCGUAAGCAUUAUCGUGUCGUCUCUCCGAAUGGCCAGCACAGCCACUAUGUACAGAAGGUUUGAAAGAGAAAAGUUAAAUGGACGGAAAUACCCUUGGGGUAAAAUGUCUGAACCACUACUAGAAGAGAAUAACGCCAACAACAAUGAUGAAACUGAAGCUGACCAAACAAAUGCAGUCAACGAAGAACCAAUUUACGAAUCGGUAUCCAAAAAGGAUUCUAUUAUUUCCGAUAGUUCGAUUUACACUAGGUCAAAUCGUAACACUAACAGUGAUUUAAUACAGUUUUCUCCGAGAAGUACCGUUGUAAUGAAUUCUGGAUUCUUCGAUAAUGAAGAAUUAACUGAUUCAGAUACCAGUUCGGACUAUUUGCCGCCUAAAAGAGAAAAUACUAGUUUGCAAGAAUUUAGCAGUGACGAGGAAUAUGAAAGACCCAAAACUAUCAUUGACAGAGUAGCUCCAAGACGUAAUACUGAGUAUAAUGUCGAAAAAGUAGAAAUUGUCCCGCCUCCUGUGAUGAUAGCACCGAGACCGAUGUCUUUUGCGGUGUGGGCUGAGAAGAUGGUUGAAAAUGCCGAGUCUAUUCCCACUUGGCUAUCAGCUCCGCCGAGAAGGAAAUACUGCGACGAAGUGGUUCAAGAUGAACCUGACAUUCCACGUCGUGUACCCAGGUCCUACAUGCGAGGUCUUGAACCACAGGAUGCUACAGCAGCUUUUAUUCAUUUUCUAGGAUGGUACGGAUUUUUCAUAAGUCGGCUGCUCUCAAUAGCGUGUUUCAUAGACUUUUUUCCGGUCCUCGCGAUUAUAAUUCUGUUUUCUCACUACCAAGCAAUGUUAUUGUUUCUAAUAGUGCCGCAAGCGAGUACGGUGAAGAGAGGAUUCUACGUGUUCCUCGCAUUCAUAUACAUAUUUUGUCUGAUGGAGUUUAAGAUACGUUUCCGGCACGUGCGUGUGUGGCAUGUGUUCUGGAUUAUAGUGUGCACUAUAGAGACCGUUGUAUUCACUGGCCUCUGGGCCUCCAUAGACAACAAUAUGCACGAAUGGUGGAGACUUUUCCUCGUCAAAGUAAUAGUAAUAAGUCUUAUUUUAAGUUAUAUAUGUUUCCUUUUCUAUUUUAUUCUGUUACAGCCCAGAGAAACAAUUGUUUAUGUUAAUAAUAAUAAAAAAAGUGAUAAACGGUAGCACUCGUUGAAUUUAUUUAUUUAAAUAACAAGUUUUAUAAACAUUGGAAUAUAUAUGAGUGUAUCGCACUACAGAUUCCCCUGUAGUAUUGAACGCAGACAGGAUAUUACGAGGCGUAUUGAAGCGCCAGCCGGUCACAUCCGUGUUCAUUUCAUUUACAUAAACAAAUAUUUUUAAGAAAUUAUUGUAAUAAUCAUUGCCUUUUGUUUUGAUAUCGUUUAUUUCAUUGUUAUAGGUAUCCUUGUUUAUAUUUGUGCUACUUUACUGGAAACUGGAGUGAUACCAUUAUUAUUUUUAUGAUCAUUAUUCGUUAAAUAUUACUUCCCGCAAUUCCGUUUUCCUACAGUCAUCAAUUCAUUACUUUUCUCGCGUUAUGUAUUCAAUUUCCCCAAAGCCAGCUUUAUAUAUACGAUAUUGUUACCCGAGAAAUAAAACAUAUUCUCUAAUUAACUAUUAGCCCCUAUCCUUUGUCCUCCUAUAUUGUCUGCUACAUCAUCUAUCAAUCGACUAGGUGGCACGUAGGUACCUAGUCUAUCAAAACCAAAAUGAGAAUACAGUUGGUAUGAGAAAUGCUA